UGGGAAAUUGGAGAUAUAACACAAGAUUGGAGAAUAACAAAGUCAAUAGAUGAUUUAAAGAAUAACUACCUUAAUAUUCUGGGCCAUAUUAAACCAUCAUUAUUCGAUAUGAUUCCUUUAUCCAAUUACGUAUUUAACGAGUUGCAUAUUUUGCUGCAAAUUGAAGAUCGACUCUGGUCACUAAUGUUAUUAGAAAUUAAAGAACAAAAUUUAUUCAAUAAUAUUAGUCACCAAAUUAUU